AAUAGCCGAAAUCGAAAGUGAAGCCGGUUCAACGUCGUUGUUUUUCCUUAGAGGUGACAACUCGAAGUGACGCUUUUCGGCUACAAGAAUACACGAAUAAAUCGGUCAUUAGGUGGGUGUUCUAUGGCGUUUAUUUGGACUGUGAAAACUACUGUAAACAAUGGAGCUGAACAUUUCAACAAGACACUACCAAGGCUCAAAAGCAUUACUUCCCACCCCAGGACCAGAACACCAUGGCCUCUAUAAUCAAGGGGCAACGUGUUAUUUGAACAGUGUGCUGCAGGUCCUCUUCAUGACAAAAGAAUUCAGAGAGGCUGUUGAAAGUAAUAGGCCUCCUCAAGAAGAAGACACUGUUGAUCUUCAGCUGAAAAAGUUGUUUACAACUUUACGUGAAAUUGAAACUAACACAAAGGGCAUCUCAUCAAUACUAGGCAUUGAUGAUGUAUACAUGCAAUGUGAUGCGGCUGAGUAUUUUGAGAAGAUUUUAGGCAUGGCCAAUCCUGAAGUGUCAAAGAUCUUCAAAGGACAAUUGAGGCACAUCACUACCUGUUUAGGAAAACAUGUGAUGAGUGAUGGAUUUGGUCCAUUUUGGACACUGCCCCUCUCAAUAGCAGAUCCCUCUGACUGUUACAAAACCUUCAGUGUGAAAGACGGCUUUAAGGAGUUCUUCAAGUCUUCAUCUGUCACUGGGGAAAACCAGAUGUACUGUGAUGAAUGUGAAAAGAAAUUAGAUGCAACCAUUGAAUGCAAGAUGGAAUAUCACCCAGAAAUUCUUACUCUGCUCCUCAAGCGGUUUGAAUUUGACUACUACAGCAUGUCAUAUGUCAAAAUCAACUGCUGCGUGGAUGUGCCUCACACACUACAGACAGAGAAAUGUGAAUAUGAACUCUAUGCCAUUGUGGACCAUUUCGGAAGUCUUGGAUGUGGACACUACACUGCUAAGAUCAAGUCCUUUGAAGAUCAUAACUGGUAUGAGUUCAAUGACUCAUACGUUACAAAGGUCCAACCAGCUCCACUGAUUGACAGUUCUUGCAGUGCUUAUCUACUGGUGUACAGGAAAUCACAUGCUUCAGAUCGUGAGAACCAUGGAACCAACCAAGUUCACGGUUCACUCCGAGAGGAUGGGGUUACAGAGGUUGGAGAGCAUGUUCAAAUAAAGACAAGUGGAGAUGAUCAUCACGGGGUUGAUGGAAAUAAAGGACAGGGACAACAUGUUGCGGUCAGAAGAAAGGAAAAUGUAGGAAAGGCAGAUACAGGAAGAGAUGAUGAUUUGAUAGAGAGAAGACAGGAGAUGCACACAGGAGAAGGGAGAAAGGAGAAAGGACACAGGAGAAAGGAUGUGGAUGGAACAAGACGGUAUGAUGUGGUUUUGAUAACAGAGAAACAGCAGAGUCCAGAGAUAUGUCGGAAAUUAGGCAGACUCCGUGUGUUUCAUCAUGACUAUAUUUUGCCCAUCAGGUAUUCAUCGUUGAAAGAAGAGGAUAAUGCUGUGGAGAAAACAGAACAGGAUGAUGUAGUGAGAAGGGUAGAUGAGGACAGUGAGGGUGUCGUGGUAAAGGGAGAAACGCAUCUCGGUGAGACAAAGACAAGUCUGACCAAGUACGGAGAGUCUUCCAGCUCUACAAAUAGGUGUGAGACCAUCCCAUCACACCAAGAGUUCAAUGAACUCAGAAGGAAAGAAAUGCAAAGAAGAAAGGACGAAAAGGAUGCCAAUUACAGUCAGUUCCUUGCUAACAUUCAGGACAACAAGCUGAGAGAGGUUCUUGAGAGGCAGAAGAAGAACAAGGCUCACUGUGGUUUCAGGCGCUUCUGGGGUGUCCGUGGCAAGCACACCAAGGCCAUCGGUCGCAGUGGUCGCGUCGUUGGUAUGUCUAAGAAGAAGUAAACUAUGUCCCGACUCCCCAUGUGUCAAUAAAUGCCACAGUUCACACACAAAAACGAUGCAAGAAGAAUGAAAAGAGAAGUGUAGAAGAGAUGGAGCUUUUGGGUAAAGACAAGAAAAGAAGAAAGAGGAACUUCAGGGAAGGAGAGGAGGGAAUGGAAAAGAAGUGAGAUGGCUACAUUUGAAGUUUCUGUUUUGUCCAAUUUGAAAACUGGAAGAGGAAUGUAUGGAAUAUGGAAUAUAUUCUGAUUUUGGGAACAAUUCUGCCUUUAACCCUGUAUUAUCUUUUUAUAUAUGUUUAACAACUAACUUUAACUAAAGUCCUGUUAUUAGCCUCUUUUAUGUUCAACAUCGUUCAUCACUUUACUCAGAUGACUUUCUUGUCCAAGUGUUUACAAAGUACUGUAUAUUAAAGAUGCUUUGUAUGCAGAGAAUAA